AUGGUGGACUCCAUACAAACAGCCUCCGCCGAGAAGCGUCUAAGGGUCCUUCGGGGACUCCUUGCACUGCCCAAACAGUUGGACAGCAGCGACUCCACUGCCGGCGGUAACAACUGGCGGGCUGACGCCAACUUCACCCUCUACCUCGGUGAUUUCGACUGGGACAACUUUGUGGUCGAUCCAAAGAACUAUCGGGUCACCAUCGUUCAAGCGCGCCACAUCAUCGCGGUGGAUAAAAAUGGGAAGCUCCGGAAGCGCGAUGAGAUGCAUACAGUUAACGCUACCGUGCUGAAUGAGGCUACCGCGGCAGCUAUUGCAACUGGUCGUUGUCGGGGCAACGUGUCGGAGACGGGGGACGCUGGUGGUCCCACUCCACCCUGCCUGUCAGAAGCCCACGCC